CGGUGUUAUUAUUGUUUUUUCUUCUUUUUUUUUUGUUCGCUAACCAAAUUAUUCAUUUUCACUUUUUUUUAUCUUUCGCCUCGUGCGAAAAAAAAGCAAACACACAAUAAGUAAGUUCGCCCGUCGAAUUCGUCGCAACCCUUCGCGUCUUUUUGUCGCCGUCCAUUUAUCAGUGAAAACACCGUUGUUAUAAUAUUCGCUUGCCGCCGACGUGUACACGCACAAAAGUUACUUUUUUCUUCCGUGGCUGUUCCGCCCGCAAGUUUUUUUUUAUCAAUAAAAGUUCUCAUAAAAGUGUGUACGUGUGUACGUGCGUUCGUCAUCCUUGAAUAGCAAGUGCAACCAGUGCUAGUGGAAGUGAUGGCCCAUCGAUUUACGUCAUCAUCGUUGCUGCUGUGGGCUGUGGUCGUACGCGUCGGGGAACGAGCAUGACGGCGCAACUGUCGGAGUACGCGACGAUGAUGGCGGGCGAUAAGAACGGCGGCGAUGGUGGUAGCAGCAGCAACGACAGCGGUGGCUUUGUCACGGUCGGUGCUGAUGGCGACGGAACCGCCGUGGCCGGCGAACGGGUGGUGUUGUUCGCGUUCAAAAUGGAAGACGAAGAUUGCGCGGCGGACGUGGACGACGACUCGUCGCUCGAAAUGCAAGACGUGGGAUUACAACCGUUGGUGUUACCGACGCAGUCGCCGCCGUCGCCGUUCUCCGAUGGCGAUCAAGAUAAAAAGUGCAUGGACCUCAGUAAUUUAAACGAAGAUGAUCAAACAUUCAUUGAUGAUUCAAAGUGCAUUGAUUUGAGUCAUUUGAGUGACGAUGAUCCUAAUUUUAUUGAAGGUGCCAACGGCGGCGGAAGCGGCGUCUCCGGUUCCAUGGACGGCCUCCAGCAGUACGUGGCCGUCGGCGGCGGCGGCGGCAGCGGUGGCGGCGGCACGCCCGUGGCCACCGGCGCGGCCGCGUCCAUCAAUCCGUCCACCGGUGGUUCCGAGCUGCCCGACACCAAGGAGGGCAUCGAGGAACUGUGCCCGGUGUGCGGCGACAAGGUGUCCGGUUACCAUUACGGUCUGCUCACGUGCGAGUCGUGCAAAGGCUUCUUCAAGCGGACCGUUCAAAACAAAAAGGUGUACACGUGCGUGGCCGAGCGCGCGUGUCACAUCGACAAGACGCAAAGGAAGCGGUGUCCGUUUUGCCGGUUCCAGAAGUGUCUCGAAGUUGGCAUGAAGCUCGAAGCUGUCCGAGCCGAUAGGAUGCGAGGUGGUCGAAACAAAUUCGGUCCCAUGUACAAACGAGACAGAGCGAGAAAGUUGCAGAUGAUGCGACAGCGACAGAUGGCCGUGCAGACGUUGCGCGGUGGUGUGGUCACGUCGGCCGCAGCAAACAGUCACCACCAAUUCGCCAUGUUGGCCGGCGACGCGGUCACGCUGGGCCAAUAUCCAGGCUCGACUAUCACCUCAACAGGUUCCAGUUUGCACAUCAAACAAGAAAUUCAGAUUCCUCAGGUGUCAUCGUUGACGUCGUCGCCCGACUCCUCGCCCAGCCCGAUCGCCGUGGCUCUGGGCCAGGCAGGACUGGGUUCUCUGGCUACGGGUGCCGGAGUCACCACGUGCGCGGUCAACCAGCACUCGCAGAUGACGUUGCAAAUCGUCGCUUCCGCCAACGGCAAUAACAACAACAACAACAACAGCAGUAACAACAAUAACUCGGUGGUGACCAACAUGAGUGGAACGAACGGCGGCGGACCCCCGUCGCAACACCAACAGCAUCACCAGCAACAGCAAGCGCAACAACAACAGCAACAACAGCAACAGCAACCGCAGCAGCAGCAGCAGCAGCAACAACAACAACAACAACAAUCGGCCGGCGGUCCCGCAGCGUCCAUGUUGUCCGUGAAUAAAAUGUGGUCACCUCCGUCGUCGCCGAAAAAUUACCUGAUCCACCAGCAGCAGCAGCAGCAGCAGCAACAACAGCAGCAGCAACAACACCACGUGCAGCAGCAACAGAUGGUGGACGGCGGCGGCAGCUCGUCGGCCACGUCCAACGGUACCAGCGUUGUGACGGGCAGCAAGGGCAUGCCGCCCAUGAUCCGGGAAUUCGUGCAGGGCCUGGACGACCGGGAGUGGCAGAACUCGUUGUUCGGCUUGUUGCAGAGCCAGACGUACAACCAGUGCGAAGUCGACCUGUUCGAACUCAUGUGCAAGGUGCUCGACCAGAAUCUGUUCUCGCAAGUGGACUGGGCGCGGAAUUCGGUGUUCUUCAAAGAUCUGAAGGUAGACGAUCAAAUGAAACUGUUGCAGCACUCGUGGUCGGACAUGCUGGUUCUGGACCACAUUCAUCAGCACAUGCACAAUAACUUGGCCAACGAGGUUAUGUUGCACAACGGACAAAAGUUUGACUUGCUCGCUCUCGGUCUGCUCGGCGUCUCCUCGAUGGCCGAUUGUUUUGCCCGUGUCGUAGACCAGUUACAGGACCUCAAGUUCGACGUGGGCGAUUAUAUCUGCUUAAAGUUCCUGUUGCUCCUAAACCCCGACGUCAAAGGAAUCGGGAACAGUAAACACGUUCAAGAAGGUCAUGAGCAAGUGUUGAAGGCCCUGAUGGAAUAUUGCUUUUCGUUCAACACUCAAGUGCCGGAAAAAUUAACCAAACUGUUGACCGUGUUGCCCGAUAUCCAUCACAUAGCUACUAGAGGCGAAGAAAGUUUGUACUUGAAGCACUGUAGCGGUGGCGCUCCCACGCAGACAUUACUCAUGGAGAUGCUGCACGCCAAGCGAAAAUAACACCAACUUAAAACACACACACACCACUCACCACCAAAAUAGUAUAUAUCAUAAUGAUAUGUCAUAAAUUUGUAUUUAUAUAAAUACAUAAAAUGCGUAUAUAUUUAUUUAUGUACCAAAAUACUACACACAACACACCACUAUACCACAUAUGUCAUCAACAUCAUAAAUGAGAAGAAGAGACAUGCACGCCUCGUACUCGUUCAUACGGUUGGCUAAAUAUUUCUAAAGACCGAUCACCAUCAACGUCUAUUUGAACGACAGCUACGUUACCAUGACAACUUUCAAUAUAUUUUGAGUCAUCCAGAGUUACCAACUGAUCUCGUCGACAGCGUCAUUACACACGUACGCGAACGUUGGUCAAAACUACUCUUAUACACUAGAUACACCACUAAUGUACACAUUUACUAAUACACAAUUACAUAAUUAC